UUAAUAAACUAAAAAUUUCUUUUUUGGGGGGAGUCUUUGGUUGAGCAAUAAUUAUUACACAAUAAUUUGGUUUUGCGACGGCUUACUCCGCUUAUCGCUCUCUCAACAUUCGCCAACUUUAACCUUCCCUAUUUUACUUUUAUUAUUCUAUCCUACUUGACCCCCUCGAAAAACACUACCGACACCGUGUCUUACACGCUGGAUUCCGUGCGCGGCUGCGAAAAAAGGAUGGCAACCGACUUCAUAAUGCCCAGGCCAGCUGAGCAGCCGCAGCCGCAGCCGCAUUUCUAUCCUUAUCGCCAAACGCCUACCGCGCCGUCGCAAUCCCCGACCUAUCCAUCUCAAGGAUACCAUUCUCAACAGAUCUCGCCCUUGAGCACCUCUACCAACGCCUCGCCUACCUCCCCCAAACCGUACCAUCGUCAGCGUUUACGACCGCUCUACAUGCCCGCGGUUUUAAGACCGACCGAGCACCCCUACAAGAUUGGGAGGAAGACGGAAGCACAGGAAGAUGAUAAUCCGGUAUCGUCUAACAGCAGCUUCAUCAGCUUGACCGGAUUGGGCGCUCUUAGCCGAUUGAGCCGUCGUACUACAGGUGACAGCGGAAAGUGUGUAGAUGAUGAUGAAUGGGACCUGGAUAUGUUUCCAAAGCCGACGGCGCAACCCACGCGGCAGCACUGGAAGCCCGACCCGGAAUCAACUAUCUGCGACGAGCCCUCCUGUAUGCGCCACUUCAACUACUGGACACGCCGUCAUCACUGUCGGAAAUGUGGCAACAUCUUCUGCGAUUCGCACUCGGCAUACGAUGUUCCUCUCGAUCAAAACGCGAAUUAUAACCCGAGAGGCACUCCGAGCCGCGCAUGUUCUCAUUGCUUUUCAGAGUUCAGAGCGUGGCGUAGUCGGACAAAUAGCCAGGCUUCUAGCGACACGUCUUCUACCGGUAGAGAAUCGCAAACCGCACCUACGAGCCCAGCCGCUUCGGCCCCGACGGCAAUCCAAGGUCAGCAUAGCCAUCAUCAGGAAAUCGCGAUGAGCGUUCCACGGGACUGGAACUGGAGUACCUUCUGAUGGGGUUGGAAUCGCAUAUCUCCGUUAGGGAUAUAGAUAUCUUUUUUCAGAUACGGGGGUAUCUGCGAAUCCGGAUUCGCCCUUACAUCAACUUCUCAGAGAGAAUUCUCCAGGCCUAAUUAAUGAUACACGAGACAACAGAUCUAAUCACGGCAACAACUUUCCCCGCAACAACGGGAUAUACAUACAACAUUCACAUAGACUAGAAACUUCCAGGAUAGACUGGAACUACGGUACAGAUGCAUAUUUCUGCUCAAAUUUCAUGCAUUGCAUGAUGGUAUCAUUGUUGGAUUUCUUUUCGGCCUACGAUACCCAACUUUCGAGUAUACUAAUUUCGAUAUCGAGUUCCAUUGAGGGGCAAGGGGGAGGGGGGGAGGUUAUGCCAUUGGUGUGGGAUGCAUCAGCGGCAAGGUGACUACGGGCGUUUUUUUUUCUUUAAUGGCAGAGGGAUCGGUCGGGUAGCGUGCAUAUCACGGGCAUUAGAAAGGGAUCUUGUUUAGCCCCGGCGUUUAGGUGUUUUCA